AUGACUGAUGCACAACCAAUUGAACCAUUAAAUGUUAAACCUGGAGAUACAAUACGCGAUAUCUAUAUUGUAAAUAAAAAAAUUGGAGAAGGUGCAUGUGGUACUGUAUUUCUUGUUUCUCAUAUAAAAGAUUCUAACGUUAAAGGAGCUAUGAAAUGUGAACCAUUUAUGAAGUCAAAAGAUGAUGAAAUAUUGAAAUUGGAAUUGUUUGUUCUAAAACAAAUGCAAAAAUCAAAACAUGCAUGUACAUUAAUGUGUUCAGGAAAAACAAAUAACUACAGUUUUAUUAUAAUGUCAUUGUUAGGAAUGGAACUUGGUGAUUUAAGAAGAAUAUUACCUGAAAAAAAAAUGUCAUUAAACACAGCAUUAAGAGUUGGUAUUCAAUGUUGUCAGGCAAUACAAGAUAUGCAUUCUAUAGGAUUCAUUCAUCGUGAUAUAAAACCGGCAAAUUUUGCUGUUGGAGCUACAAACAAAGAUACAGUAUAUGUGUUUGACUUUGGUUUAGCUAGACAAAUAAUUUAUUUUGAAAAAAAUGCCAAUGAGAAAUUAAGACAACCAAGAAAAAAGGUUACAUUUAGAGGAACAGUUCGAUAUUGUUCUGUAAAUGUUCAUCAAUAUAAAGAACAAGGAAGACAUGAUGAUUUAUGUGGACUUUUAUUUAUGUUAAUUGAAUUUUUAACAAAUACACUUCCAUGGAAAGGUUUAACUAAACGUGAAUCUGGUCAUCUUAAAGAGAUUGUUCCUGAAAAAAGACUUCUUCAUGGAUGCCCAAAGUCUUUUCAUGAACUUUAUGUUCUUUUUAAAAAAUAUACAUAUUUUGAUAAACCAGAUUAUAAUUUAAUUAGAGCAAAUUUUCUUAGAGAUUUAAAAGAAAUCAAAGGAAACGUUACAGAUCCAUGGGAUUGGGAUAAGUUACAGAAAAAAGAAAUAAAAAAUAAGGUAGUUAAAGCAAAAGAUGAAAUUGCUGAUGCUGAAGAAAAAGAAGAACAAGAUAAAAUUGGUGAUAUAGAUGAAUCUGUGGAAAGUAAAGAAAGUAAUAGUGAAGAUGUUCAAGCUGUACUUUGUGAUAAAGAAGAUACAUUAGAUAAUGUACAAGAAAUUGGAACAGUAGAUUCAAAACCAACUGCAAAACCAUCCAAUGAUGCAAGAAUGAAAACUAAAACAAAAAGUGGAGGAGAAGGAAAGAAAGCGUGA